AUGGCAUUCACUAUGCGACGACCGUUUGUCCUUGGCUCCGCUUUGACUGGAGCAUCGAAAGCCGCCUUCAAGUCAGCUCCCGUCCGAUCGUUCCAUAGCAAACCUUCCACCGUGUUCUUCACAUCAAGAACCGCCAAACCCGUCAGCGAACUCACGAAAGCUCGAAAUGCCUUCCGGCAAUCAUCAAGAACGUACAUGCAGCAGCAGGCUGUGCCGCCUGCGGAUUCCGGCAACUUGAUGCGGAGGCUGAUAGUGGGAGGGGCGAUGUUUGGCGGAACAAUGGUUGCUAUCAAUCUAGUAUUCAAUCGCGAAACUCGCGAGGACGGGGGGAUGCCACCGUACGAGAGGGCGUACUUGAAUGACACAUUUCUGCAUACGGGUUUGGGCAUCGGAAUCAUUGGCCUGUCAGCCAGGGCCAUGUUCCAAUCCGGCAUGAUGUACAGAAUGAUGGCGACUAACCCAUGGAUCGUCAUGAUCGGUGGCUUGGGAUUGAGCAUCGGGUCAAUGAUGGCUACAAGAGCUACAAGCCCAGAUAACUACAUCCAGAAGUAUGGUUGCUGGACGGCAUUCAACGUCACCCAAGGCGCACUCCUUGCCCCUCUCCUCUUCAUGGCGCCUCCUGCCCUGAUCGCCCGCGCCGGUCUCUAUACACUCGCCAUGAUGGGAUCAAUCUCCUUCGUUGGAGCUACAGCGAAGCAAGAGAAAUAUCUUUAUCUUGGUGGACCCUUACUUGCAGGUGUUGCCAUCGUGGCCGUUUCAGGGUUUGCACCGCUGGUACUGCCCGCCACCGCCGUACGAACACUAGCAUUUACCGAGAACAUCUGGCUUUGGGGUGGAUUAGCAGUAUUCGGCGGCUUCACCCUUUAUGAUGUGCAGAAGAUUCUCGCACACGCGCGGAUGGCAGAGCGCGGUUUGAUGCGCAAGGAUGCUGUAAAUGAGAGUAUCAGUUUGGAGUUGGACUUCUUGAACAUCUUCAUUCGGAUGGUCCAGAUUUUGAUGAUGCAGCAGAAUCGGAGAAAGUAG